GGAGAGGGAGGGAAGGAGAAAGGGGGAGGGAAGGAGAAAGGGAGAGAGGGAGAGAGGGAGGAAGCUUUCCGGUCGGAAUAGAGGGAGGAUUUUGAGCUCGGAUCCCGGAGCGUGGGUCGGGGCAGAGCCGACACCCGGGGACCAGGCUGGGAGCCGGAGUAGGGCCCAGGCCCCGGGACCGCGAUGAUCAGCCAGGGCUCCUUCCAGGACUCGCUGGACGGCGAUGAGAAGGAGGUGGAGGCCGAGCCGGUGGAGGAGCCGCCAUUGGAGCCGUCCAGAGAUGCGCAGCAAAUGGACGCCCAUUACAGCCUGUACCGGAGGCAGAGAUCUCAGCAACCAGGAGACAGUGGAGACAUGGGACACAGAAGAACUGGAUCAUCGGACUCUUUCCCCAAGGAAACACUGUCUCAGGAGGAUCUCAGCCUCUCCUUGGUGGCCUCCAACCUGUCCAUCGAGGCCGAAACGGAGCUUAGAACAUUCCUGAUAAAGCGGCUCAGCAAAGCGGCACUGUUUGCUGGAAUGGGCACCAUAGCAGCAGUGGAGCUGAGCAUCGCCGAGCAGCCUGUGGCUUGUUACUAUUGCCUCCUUCCGCCAGCAGAGCAGCCGUCGGCGACAGAGAGUGACGAGUUGACCAAAGCGGUGGUCACCGAUUACGCGCUCUGUUUCCUGGGGAGUACGGAGAAGAGCCUGGAACUUUUCAGGAUCGAGUUGGAUAAAUAUGCACAAGGAUUACAGCCUUACUUGUAUUCUGAGGCUUCGGCCUCCGAGCCGCACGUCCAGCUGUACCUGAGCAGCUGGUACGAGGAGGCCGUGCUCUACAUCCACAGGGUGGUGCAACUGUUCCAGGAAAAGCUUUCCAUUCUGUUGCGGGCCGCUCUGAGUCAUACCCCAGUUGAUAUUCAAGGUGCGGACAGUAAAAUUAAACAGGCCAUUGAAUGGUUUCUCUGCGCAGCCAGUCUCCAGGGCCUGAUGCAGGAGGACACUCUGGCGUCACUGUGCAAGGCGAUGGCCCGGGAGCAGCAGAAAGCCAUCGUUGUGGACUGCAGUGGACCCACUCCCACUGUCACCAAUGCAGUGAGCAACAAGUUCUGUGAAGACUGGAUUCCUUCCUUUUUAAACAUCCAAGAGACUGGCAACCCUUUCCUCAUCCGGCAGAUUCUGGAGAAUUUUAAAUUAAAGGCCAUACAGGACAUGAACAGCCUGAAGCGCUACAUCCAGCAGGCCGAGAGCAACAACUACGCUCUCUUCAAGUGCUUCGUCUUCCUCAAAAACUGCGGCAACGGAGAGGUGCUGCUGCAGAACGUCAAGGUGGAGCAGGCUGAGAUGCCCGAGGCACGCAGCGUGGUCAAGGUGCUGGAGGAAUUCCUGCACGAGGAAGGAGUGCUUACCAGCCCCAUCUAACCCACGGCUGCCCACCGGCUUUAACAAAGACUUUACAGUGUGUGUUGUGUUCGAUCGCAGUCUCUCAUGCUGUGUCCUUGUGUGGCAUUGCAUCUGACUGUUUACUGACAAUAGUUAAUAGGUGCAGGAGUAGGCCAUUUGGCCCUUCGAGCCAGCACUGCCAUUCAAUGUGAUCAUGGCUGAUCAUCCCCAAUUAGUACCCCGUUCCUGCCUUCUCCCCAUAUCCCCUGACUCCGCUAUUUUUAAGAGCCCUAUCUAACUCUCUCUUGAAAGUAUCCAGAGAACUGACCUCCACCACCCUCUGAGGCAGAGAAUUCCACAGACUCACCACUCUCUGUGAGAAAAAUGUGUUUCCUCGUCUCCGUUCUAAAUGGCUUACUCCUUAUUCUUAAACUGUGGCCCCUGGUUCUGGACUCACCCAACAUCGGGAACAUGUUUCCUGCCUCUAGCGUGUCCAAGCCCUUAACAAUCUUAUAAGUUUCAAUGUGAUAUCCUCUCAUCCUUCUAAACUCCAGAGUGUACAAGCCCAGCUGCUCCAUUCUCUCAGCAUAUGACAGUCCCGCCAUCCCGGGAAUUAACCUUGUAAACCUACGCUGCACUCCCUCAAUAGCAAGAAUGUCCGUCCUCAAAUUAGGGGACCAAAACUGCACACAAUACUCCAGGUGUGGUCUCAGUAGGGCUCUGUACAACUGCAGAAGGACCGCUUUGCUCCCAUAUUCGAUUCCUCUUGUUAUAAAGGCCAACAUGUCAUUCACUUUCUUCACUGCCUGCUGUACCUGCAUGCUUACCUGGCAUUUCAUCUGACUGUUUACUGACAUGUGUGUAUUGUUGCGAAGUGCCGUGCGGAGAGUCUGUGGCACAUGCAAGUCAUCGUUAACAUGUCGGGCAGCAUUUGGUCUACAGUCGGCUGAUUCCCUCCAAGGCUGCCGGCUGUGCUACAAACCCAGUCAGAUCCGACGGUGAAAGUCACGCUUGUGUGGUUGGGACACACGCUUGGUAAACAAGGAUUCUCACCUUAAACCAGGGAGAGGGCAGUAGAAACAUAGAACAUAGGUGCAGGAGUAGGCCAUUUGGCCCUUCGAGCCAGCACCGCCCUUCAAUAUGAUCGUGACUGAUUAUCCAGAAUCAGUAUCCCGUUCCUGCUUUUUCCCCAUUAUCCCUUGAUUCCGUUAGCUCUAAGAUCUAACUCUAACUCUAAUUCUCUAUUGAAAACAUCCAGUUAAUUGGCCCCCACUGCCUUCUGUGGCAGAGAAUUCACAACUCUGGGUGAAAACGUUUGUCCUGAUCUCUGUCCAAAAUGGCCGACUCCCUUAUCGAAGCACUUGUUUAGGUUGGACACCAAGGAUGUGUAGUGACUAGUGAGAGAUGUGGUUUGGCAUUGUGGAACCUCAUCACAACACGAGGAGAGAGGAGACAAGCAGAGGUCGUGUGGGAGAUUGUACCCACUGACCAACACAAUUCUCUGUCUCUGGGAGUCGCAAGGAACUGCAGGUGCUGGAAUCUUGAGCAAAGCACAAAGCUCUGGAGGAACUCAGCAGGUCAGGCAGCAUCCGUGGAGGGAAUGGACAGCCCACGUUUCAGGCCGGGAUCAGUCUGAAGAAAGGCCUCAACCUGAAACAUUCCCUCCACAGAUGCUGCCUGGCCCGCUGAGUUUCUCCAGCACUUUGUAUUUUUCCCUGGGUUAACUUUUAGGGUGAUUAUGUUCUUUUUGGGGCUGAAUGGGCUAGAUUGGCUUUCGUAAAGAUUCCUAACUGUUGUGGGGGAGGGGGAGAGGAAACGUGAGAGGGAUGAGGGGAGAGAGAUGAACAGAAAAGCAACUGCCAUUUAAAAAAAAAUGUAAAAUGAUCAUUGGAAAAUUUAGCACGAUUAAUUAAUGGCCAUAUAAUGAACCCAGUCAUUUUCUUUCAGCUGUUGUUAACAGCGCUGUUCAUCUGAUUGCUUAGAAAUGUGUAGGGAGCAGUUUUACUAAACAUUAUCAACCAGAGCACCUGACAAGUUCUUGAAGCUCCUGAGACCUCUCAAAGCAAAGACUUAAGGGCCUGUCGCACUUGCCGAUAAACGUCAGUCAAUCAUGCCAGCAGCCGCCGAACAAAAUCGCCAGGUGGGACAGGCCCUUUAAACGUCCACAUUCCCAAACUUAUCCACACUACAGUGCCUGCUAUUAAUCAAUUGUAAAUAGUUGCCCUGUGUUCUAGGAUUCUCCUAUUCAUACGUCACUUUAAAUCCACAAUGUACUUCCUCUGGUUUGUUUUGAUUCCAAAUAAAGUUUUAAUAUUGGGUGUA